GAUAGGAACGAAAGCGAAGACAGUGCCACCUAAAGUGAGAAUUUUAUCCAGAAUGGCGAAUUGCGAAGAUCUAGUUUUGUUACUGGUAUCUUGCAUAUUUAUUACGGAUUUCAAGGCUUCCGCACAAUCCAGCCAACAUCCGGACCAAACGAAUCCCGAUAACAUUCAAAGGGAGAUUAGUCUGUUUGAGAAGGAAAUCGCAACGUUAAAAGAUGUAAUAAAUAACGCGUCUUGGUCAGUAGGUAACUUCAGGGCCGCUUUAGAUCGAAUCGUAGGAAACAACGAAACGACCAUCAACACUUCAAGCUCUAAUACCAGUACCAACAUGGCUGAUGUUUUGGCAGAAUACUUCAAAAAUCCUAUGAUUGCCGAAAUAAAGUUCUCUAAUGGAAGUUCGAUCAUUAGCGGAAGCAACGCAAUUGUCGAUCAAGAAAAAUCUUCGACAAAUCGUGUGAUAAAAUCCUGCCAAGAAGCACAAAUAUCCGGAACUUACAUUCUCAACUUCAAUGGAACAGACCAUAUGACCGUGUAUUGUGAUGCUGACUUCGAAGCCGGAGGCUGGGUUGUCAUUCAGCGCAGAGUGGUGGGAACGGUGGACUUUUAUCAGCCGUGGGCCCAAUACAAACAAGGCUUUGGCAAUCUAGAAGGAGAAUUCUGGUUUGGCAAUGACAAAAUUCAUCAGCUGACAAAGAACAAUCCGCGUGAGAUUAAUUUCGUGAUGACUGAUUGGGAUGACAGGAUGGCCGUAGCAAAAUAUUCAUCGUUUGAGAUUGGAAGCGAGCAACAAAAAUAUUUACUCAAGAGUGUUGGAAUUUACAGUGGCACCGCUGGAGAUUCAUUUACGUGGCAUUCGUAUAAAUAUUUUUCGACUUAUGAUCAGGACAAUGCUAAAGCGCAAAAUAAUUGUGCUGUUUCGGGUCACGGCGCAUGGUGGUAUUACAGAUGCUGGCGUUGUAAUUUAAAUGGGAAGUAUGUGAAGGGAUUUGAAAAAAAACAUGACUCGAUGGCUUGGUCGGGCUUCAUGGGUAUUCAGUAUGGCUUGAAGACGUCUAAAAUUCUAAUUAGGGUUUAGAUAAUGCAUUUAUAUAUACGAUGUUAUUGGUAAUGAAACAUUAUAGAGAUAGAUCGAGGCACAUCGUGUGAAAAAAAAAACUGCACAUAACUUUUAUUCUAAAGUAACAAAAUAAAUUAUUUUAAUAAAUGAACUAUAUUUUCGUGAUGCUGCUACGGUGGCAUGCAGGAUAUUAAUUACCUGGUGAAAGUGAAUAAUAAUCCACCCAACAGUCUGCAAUCCUUUCUAACGAUUGUGGGAGAAACGAAGGUGCUGAUCUCGAAUGAAAGCUCGUACUUACAAUGGAAUAUGAUAAACCUUACAU